AUGUCUAUCCCCACCAAAGGUGAUGUCAUCUCUGUUCCUGCCUACACACCAGAGGCGGAGCAGAAUGCCAUGGAAAUCCAGUGGUCCCAGUCCUUCCGCACUCGCACUGCCCGCUACUAUCUCGUCAACGCCCGCAAUCAGUCCAAGGGCGGCGUGGAUGUUUUGAUGUACAUUCAGGAUCGCUUCUACAAGGACUCCAACAGCAAUGAGUUCAUUGGAAGACUUCCUGGUGCACGACAGGAGGGUAACAACUGGGUCGUCGAAAUCAAUGAUCGUUUCCAGUAUGGUCAGAAGAACAAGACUGGAGAAGGUCGCUGGGUCGCCCUUCAUGAUAAAGACAACAAGCCCUACCAGCACCGCUUCAUGAUUGUCACUAUUCAGGGUAGGCUGACUGAGACAGCGAAGAACCUCGCCAAGAGCUUUGGCGCUGGGGAAAUUGCUGAUCAAGUCUCGAAGCUUGGCAACAACUUCAUCGGUGACUACCUUCACACUUUCUAA